GGCCUUUGUGAGGUUCCACCAUGGCGUACCGUGGCCAGGGCCAGAAAGUGCAGAAGGUGAUGGUGCAGCCCAUCAACCUCAUCUUCAGAUACUUGCAAAAUAGAUCACGGAUUCAGGUGUGGCUUUAUGAGCAAGUGAAUAUGCGGAUAGAGGGCUGUAUCAUUGGUUUUGAUGAGUAUAUGAACCUCGUAUUAGAUGAUGCAGAAGAGAUUCAUUCUAAAACAAAGUCAAGAAAACAACUGGGUCGGAUCAUGCUAAAAGGAGAUAACAUUACUCUGCUCCAAAGUGUCUCCAACUGAAGUGAGAAGUUGUUGAGAAGGCAGUAUGGGGUUUUUGCUCAAAAGGUGUCCUUUGCUCAACAGGUGUCCUUUGUUGAGAGGGCAGUUCUGAAAUAUAUUCAUAUUGUUUUGAUGGUCCUUUGUUAUUAUGAGAUAAAAAUAAAUGCUUUCCUGGUGUUUUUAU